AUCGUUUGGUGAGUAUGACGAUUGUAAUCGAUGUGAUGUGAUGAAGGAUGGAUGAUGACGUUGCACCACAAAUACCACUCAAAACUCUUCGUAAGUCGAAUAUGAUUCCACUUGUGUCGUUGUUAUUCGACUCUUGGUAAGAGCGUCGAUGAGAAGUUUUGUUGAACGUUGUCUUCGUCGGUUAUAAGUCAUCUUAAGAACUAUACAUUGUUGACAUUCAAAAUCCUCCCCCUCCAAGGACACACUUCCAAAUUUGUCCAACACAAAAGUGACAUUCUCAUUGUGAAUUUUAUACCACUGAAGGUCUCAACGAAACUUUGGAUAGACUCAUUUUAGGAAUAAGAACUUUUAUUUGAAAUAAGGAAUAAGUCAGGAGAUUUUAAGGAAUUUCAAUUUUCGAUAAUCAAAAAAUGGAUGAAACAUACACAAUCAAGGUGAUAGAACCCGAACAAAAAAAUGUCAACGUUGAGGUGAAGUCAGCAAAGGACGUUCGCGGCUCAUUAGGCUUAGAGCUGCCCUUGGAACUAUGUGCAGUUUGUGAGAAUAAAGCCAAUGGUAGGCACUACGGGGCGAUCACCUGCGAGGGUUGCAGGCUCUUUUUUAUGCGCAGCAUGCGCAAGCAGCUGGGCUACCAGUGUCGAGGAAGCAAAAAUUGUAAAAUUACCAAACACCGCAUAAAUCAUUGUCAGUAUUGUAGACUUCAGAAGUGCUUGGCGAAGGGCAUGAAAAGUGACUAUAAUGUGCAACGUAAAAGAAAACCGGUAUUGGGUGAGGCGGCUGCGACAAAAGUUGGCAGUCGUCCUAGAAUAAAGCCUGUGCCCAACUCUGAAACAAUAAACGUUGUGGAACUUCCCUCGAACGUAGGACACGACUCACCACUGCCCGUCCACACCGUUACGCCGCGGCCGGACAGUAUUGAAUUAUUUUUUCGUAGUAUGUGCCAUUCUACAUUAAGUUUACCGAAAAAAGAACAAAAGCGCAUUAAAAUGGAAAUUUUUAAAAUUGUUACUGAGGCGGAGACUAAAUUUUGCAAAAUGUAGAAUAUAAUUAAAGUA